UGUGAGGAAGAGGUCGUCUCGGGUGUGUUUCGGCCUCUCCAGGAAGAGCAACAGACACUUGGACUGAACUUUUGACGACUUCUGAAAUACUUUUUUUUUUUUUUUUUUAAGCAACUGUCUCUGAACAUUCAGGAUUUUAUUUUAUUUUUAUUUUUAUUUUUAUUUUUUUUUAAAUUUGCGACAGGAAGAGUACACAAGUAAAACGGACCUGUCCUUUGGACUUCCUUUGGAGCGUUUUGGAGGAUGCAUUCUGCCAGAUAUGAAUACGACGGCCGCAACGGCCGCCACGAGCGGAUCGACUUCCUAACCAGCAAAGAGAAGACGUCAUCAAAGCGGAAGGUCGGCGCCGUGAUCGGGGUUCUCGUGGCGCUUCUCAUCCUCGCAGCCGUCGCAGCGUUCCUCAUUUGGCUGUUUGUCUUUAAAGAUGCCGAUUCAAAAAGCACCCUCAGUAAGCAGGAAAGGCCGUCAGCAGUCGUCUUCAGCGGGCAUAUGAAGUUGGUCGGCGAGCAGUACGACCAGAAGCUGGAGGACACGGACAGCCGUGAGUUCACAGAUCUGGCAACCAAACUGGAGGCAACUCUGGGGGAAAACCUAAAGAGAGAUCCCUUCCUGGCAAAGUACUACACCAAGUCAGUGGUCACGGCGUUCAGUGAGGGCGUGAUAGCCUACUACUGGUCCCAGUUUGACGUGCCAGUGGAAGACCUGUCGAUGGUGCCGGAGUUCUCAGAGGAGCGGGUGCUGGAGACGCUAGAGGACGGCAUUAAGUCGAUGCGUGCAAUGGCGAGCCGCCAGGAUGUCCAAAUCAGUGAAAUCACUGCCGCGGUCACAGAUCCUCGCAUGGCCAGGAACCCCACAGCCAACGAGUGUUUCUUCCGUCUUGAGGCUGAAGGAACGGCAAAGAGAUUUUCGUCACCAGGUUACCCCACAGGCUACCCUCCCAGGUCUCGGUGUCAGUGGCAAAUCCGAGCUGAAGAGAGCAAUGUUAUAUCCGUCAAGUUCCCCUUCUUCCACAUCGAGGAUGACUGCUCAGAUGACUUUGUCGCCAUCUAUGACUCUCUGAGUCCGGAUGAUUCUCAAGCCAUCACAGAGAAGUGUGGUCAGAGGCCGCCCUCCAACCCUCUGGAGGUGGUGUCGUCUGGUAACAUCAUGCUGCUUAACCUGAUUACUGACACUGAUGUCCAGAGGCCUGGAUUUGAAGCAGAGUAUAGGUCUCUUCCCAAGUCUAAAGCUACAACCUGUGGUGGCAUCCUCUCUGAAAGCAAUGGAGCCCUCACCUCCCCUCUCCACCCCAGCUUUUACCCUCCUGCCGUCGACUGCAAGUGGACCAUCAAGGUCGCUGCUGGGAAGAAGGUGCGGCUGAAGUUCAACAUGUUCCGCAUGAAGGAGCCCGGGGUGGACAUCCGUGUGUGUCACAAAGACUACGUGGAGGUUAUGGGCACCAAAUAUUGUGGAGAAAUGUCCACCUUGGCUCUGACCAGCACCGCCAAUACCAUGGAGGUGACCUUCCACUCCGACGAGUCCUACACGGACAAAGGCUUCAGCGCAGAGUACAGCGCCUACGAUCCUGAAAACCCAUGUCCCGACAAGUUUGCCUGUUCCAGUGGCAUCUGCAUCAACAAAGAGCUGAAGUGUGAUGGCUGGAACGACUGCGGGGACAUGAGCGACGAGAUGAAGUGCCAGUGCGAGAAGGACCAGUUUGCAUGCGCGAAUGGUCUGUGCAAGCCGAAACUCUGGGUGUGCGACCGCGUCAAUGACUGCGGAGACGGGAGCGACGAGAAGACGUGCAGUUGUGAUGAGAAUGAGUGGCGCUGCGGUGAUGGGGCUUGUAUGCCUCAGGAUGUUGUGUGUGACACGAAGACGGACUGCAAAGAUGGAAGCGACGAGGCCUCUUGUAAAACCUCUCCGGGUAUCUGCUCUGACUACAGCUUCAAGUGCAAGAACGGCGACUGCGUCAACAAGGUGAACGCCGAAUGCGACCGCGUCAACGACUGCUCCGAUCAAUCGGACGAGGCCAGCUGUGACUGCGGGACCAGGCCCUAUAAGCUGAACCGCAUCGUGGGAGGACAGAACGCCGAGCUGGGGGAGUGGCCCUGGCAGGUCAGCCUUCACCUCUUGACCUUAGGGCACGUUUGUGGUGCCUCGAUCAUAUCUAACAAGUGGCUCCUUUCGGCUUCCCACUGCUUCGUCACGAGCAACCCGGACAACCACGUUGCAUCCAACUGGCUGACCUACAGUGGCAUGCAGGACCAGUACAAGCGGGAUGGUGUACAGCAGCGCCCGUUGAAGAGGAUCAUCUCCCACCCGGAUUACAGUCAGAUGACCUUUGACUAUGACAUUGCACUGCUGGAGCUCGAUGAGCCGCUGGAGUUCACCAACACCAUCCAACCCAUCUGCCUACCCUCUCACUCCCACAUCUUCCCUGCGGGCAUGUCCUGCUGGGUCACAGGCUGGGGCGCUCUCCGAGAAGGAGGUCAGAAGUCGCAGGUGCUGCAAAAGGCAUCGGUAAAAAUCAUCAACGACACGGUGUGCAACGUGGUGACGGAGGGCCAAGUCACCUCCAGGAUGCUCUGCAGCGGAUUCCUGGCCGGAGGAGUUGACGCCUGCCAGGGAGACUCCGGAGGUCCCCUGGUGUGCUUCGAGGAGAGUGGGAAGUGGUUCCAGGCCGGCAUCGUGAGCUGGGGCGAGGGCUGCGCUCGUCGGAACAAGCCCGGUGUCUACAGCAGGGUCACCAAGCUGAGGGAGUGGAUCAGGAAGGAGACCGGGGUUUGACGACGCUGCAAGGAAUGGGAAGGGAUGAAGACUCGGGAACGACGUCAACAUGCCAAAAAUAAUGGAGACGGAACAUUUGAGUCCGACUUGGGACAAGUCUCUCAAAGAUUUAGUUAUUUAGCAGCAGAUUGAGGAGACCGCUGCAUGGACCUGGCUACUCCCAUGAAUGACUUGUAGCACUUUAUUUGGUUGCCAACCCCCCACACACCUAUUGCCACUCCUCUCUCACACACACACACACACACACACACACACACACACACACACACCAAGUCAUAUUUUGAAUACUUUUUAAUGUGUGAAUCAGCUCAGCAUGUGUUGCCACCGUCAAUGAUGUCAUGUUUCCCUUGAGUACGCAAAAUGAAAUAAUGCGUAUUCUGUGAUCAGUGCAUAUUUCUGGGGAUCGUCUUCCCUUCUACAUUUUACAGUUUUACAAGUGUUUUCCAUAUGCAAUUAAAAGGUAGAUGUGUUUUUAAGUCUAAAUAAGUGAGAUGCCUUCAUCCUCUUGGGCUGCAGUGAAUGUUGCACUUUGCCAGCGGGCUCAUGCUGUAGAAAGCUAUAAAUUUGAGGUUUUAUUAAAGUAACACUAUUUUUAGUACAUUUGCUACAAAACACUCAUAGAUUACUGCUGACCAGCUUCCAAAGCUUCCAGGUUCUUAAAUUAAUUAAAGGAUUGUAUCUACCUAUCUGCCAGGCUGCCAUUAGUCUCAGUUCUUAUCAGUUGAGUGUAAACGUCAACUCGCAGAGACAAUCUGCAUUACCAUGUGAGGAUAACACAAGUUUAGAAGACCAGGAACAAAAGAAAGAGAGGGAAAAGACCUUUCCUAUCUAUGCAGGGGCAUUUUCAUAUCCCACUAAAAUGAAUGAAAAGCAGAAGCUGCCUGGAAGGUAGAAAAUGAAUUAAUCAGUCUCUAAAAGCCCACGGUUUGCUUUGGAAAAUGGCCAGCAGUAAUGUUAAGUAUACCAGAUUUGUAGUCAGUGGGCUGAAACGAGCAAAAAAAAUAAAAAGGAAAAAAAAAAAAAAAAGAACCACCAUCAUGAUCCCUGAGGAAUGUUGAUGUGAGACUGGAGUGGUGCUCAGCUUGUUUUAAGUUGAUGUUGAUCUGAACGGGGCUCCUAGAUCAGUAUUUCUCUUACAUAUUUACAGAUGCUUAUUGGUCUGGCCUGCUCUGCGGAUGAUUUGCCAAAGUGUGAAAUUCGUAGCAGAGGAUGAGGAUUAUUUCCAGCUGGCUUUUGCACGGGUUUCUAAGUAAAGCUCAGGGUGUUAGGGGUCCUCAGUCACACUCACCUGAGAGCCAACGUGAGCCAAUGGGAUUUUUUUCUUUUUUUUUUUUCACAAGUUGUCAGAGCGAUGCAAUGAGUUCUGAUCCCCAUAAGAGUUUCCCUAUCUUUUGGUUACGACCACAUCUAAAAUUCGACUGGAUGGUUUCUUUAACUUCACCCCCCCCCCCCCACUUUUUUUUUCUCUGACUUAUCCUUGAGAGAAUGUAUCCCGGAUAAGCGAGCCAAAGAUUUGCUUAAGUAUUAUUUGUUGAAGGGGAAAAAAUUCAAGAAGAAAACUUUUGAGGAUGUGCUCAGCUGACCUGAGGUUAUUGAUGUCUUUGAGGUGAAAUUAACAAUGCAAGUGGAGGCCACAACUUUUAAAUGGUAGAUAUUUUAAUGAGCAGUGUACACGAACCUCAUAACCUUUCUCUGUGUGUGUUUUUGUCUAUGUUUUUAUACGUGUCGCGACAAUAAACAUCUGAUUCCUCAGUA